AUUUAGAUUAAGUUUUCUAAGUGCAUUUGUUUCGAGCAGCAGUUCGAUCAUUUAGUCUUUUUUCUUUUAUAUCAGUAUAAACACUAUAGUAAAGUAAUAUGGCAGACGAAGAGGAUCCAUGGGGUUUCGACGACGGCGGCGAGGAGGAGAAGGCGGCAUCCACUCAGGCGGGCACUCCGGCUCCACCCUCAAAAGCACCGAGCGUGGCAUCCGAUCACAAGGCUGAUAGCGUCGUGGCUGGCACUCCGGCCAACGAGGAGGUUGCUCCGGAAGAGGUAGAAGAAAUAAAAGCACCUCCGCCUCCGCCAGAAGAUGACGGAUACAGGAAACCGGUGCAGCUCUACCGGCACUGGGUCAGGCCGAAAUUUCUGCAAUACAAAUAUAUGUACAACUACAGAACCAACUAUUACGAUGAUGUAAUUGACUAUAUCGACAAAAAACAAACUGGAGUGGCUCGGGAAAUACCAAGACCACAGACGUGGGCGGAGCGUGUCCUGCGCACACGGAAUAUCAGUGGCAGUGACAUUGACUCCUAUGCACCAGCAAAGAGGGACAAGCAACUAAUUCAAACACUGGCGGCCUCCAUAAGAACUUAUAAUUACCACACCAAGGCAUACAUUAACCAAAGGUAUGCCAGUGUCCUUUAGUAAGCU